AUGGAAGUCAGGGACCCCGAAACCCCAGAGGAGGGGGACCCUGAGGGGCGGGCGGGGUCUCCGAGACAAUCACCCCCAGCCCUGCCAAGACACAGAAACAGGUGGCCCGAGGCCGAGGCCGGGCCCCAGCCCCUCCCCCUCCCCCCCACUGCCCCUGUCCCGCAGGAGGACACAGCCGCCACCCUCCAGAGGCUCGUGGAGCUGACGGCUGCCAGGGUGACCCCAGUCCGCAGCCUGCGUGUCCAGUAUCGCCUCCUCGGAAGGCUCGGCUCUGGCUCCUACGGCCGCGUGCUCCUCGCCCGGCCUCGCCCAGGGGGUCCAGUUGUGGCUCUGAAGGUCCUGCGUCGGGACUCGGUCCUGAGAGCCACCUUCCUGAGGGAGUUCUGCGUGGGCCGCUGCGUCUCCUCGCACCCGGGCCUGCUGCGGACGCUGGGGGGGCCCCUGCAGACCCCCCGGCACUUCGCCUUCGCCCAGGAGUAUGCACCCUGUGGGGACCUCAGCAGGAUGCUCCAGGAGAGGGGCCUCCCGGAGCUGCUGGUGAAGCGGGUGAUGGCCCAGCUGGCCGGAGCCCUGGACUUCCUCCACAGCCGGGGGCUGGUCCAUGCAGACGUCAAGCCCGACAACGUCCUGGUCUUCGACCCCGUCUGCAGCCGCGUGGCCCUGGGUGACCUGGGCCUGACCCGGCCGGAGGGCAGCCCGACGCCCGCCCCGCCGGGACCCCUGCCCUCGGUGCCGCCCGAGCUCUGCCUCCUCCUGCCGCCCGACACCCUGCCCCUGCGGCCGUCCCUGGACUCCUGGGGCCUGGGCGUGCUGCUCUUCUGUGCCGCCACCGCCUGUUUCCCUUGGGACGUGGCUCUGGCCCCCGACCCAGAGUUCGAGGCCUUCGCCGGCUGGAUGACCGCCAGGCCCCAGCCGCCCCGGCCGCCGCCACCCUGGGAUCAGUUUGCACCCCCGGCGCUGACACUGCUCCAGGGGCUCCUGGACCUGGACCCUGAGACCAGGAGCCCCCCGCUGGCUGUCCUGGGCUUCCUGGGGGACGACUGGGGGCUGGAGGGGAAUGGAGAGGGGCCUGGGGGCCUGGGGGUUCCGUCAGGUGAGGGUGGGGUGGAGGAGGGAGAGGGAGGAUCGAGCUUGGAGGAGUGCACAGACGAGGAGGAGGAGAAGGGGUGCGAGAGUGGGGGGACGGGUGGGGGAGCGCCCUGA